AUGACUGCACCACCUCCCUGGAGAACCGGGGGUAGCAACGGAUCUUUCACCUCGGUCGACGCCCGCCGCACAUUCGGCGGCUCGAAGCAGGCCGGCAGCUACACAAUGGCUUCCUCCACCGCCGCCGCCCCAACCUCACCCCCUUCUCACGGCAACCGCACGACGUUUCCGGAGUCUUUGAAGCAGUAUGUGGCGCGCACGUUCGAGGACGUGUCGCUGGCGGAAAAGAAGGAUGUCGAGGCCGAGCUCAAGCGCAUCAUUACCGAUGCGUUCAACGAGAAGGUGGUGUGGACCGUGAAUUGGGACGACAUGCCGCUGCCGCAGGUCGUUAUGGCGAAGCGCAGGGCCCAGCAGUCAAAGGUCACGGGCACGGGCGCAACGAUGGAUACGACGGCUGCGACAACGGCUGUGAACACCGCUGUCGCCACCAAUAGGCUCGGCAAGUUCAGCAUCAGUGAUAAGAAACGGAAAAACAACAGCAGCGAGGAUGGCAGCACACCCGCGAAACACUCCAACAGAGGGGAGAAGCGUGCUCGCCAGCAGGAUUCAUAUACGUCGUCGUCGACGGACAAGCUAAGUCAACGUGAAAAGGAGAAGCGCGCGAAGCGAUUUGGCGGGUCCUCCCCCCAGCCCGUCUCUCCGCCAAGUCGGAAUACGUCAGCUAUGGAUAUCGAUGGUGAUCAACCGCUCGUCGGACGGUGUAUGAGCCUCGAGAAACAGUACUUCCGGCUGACUUCCGCGCCGGAUCCCGCUAAUGUUCGGCCUCUCCACAUCCUUGAAAAGACUCUGGAACUACUAAAGAAGAAAUGGCGAGACGAACAAAACUACUCGUACAUCUGCGACCAGUUCAAGUCGCUGCGACAAGACCUAACAGUACAGCAUAUCAAGACCGAUUUUACAGUGACUGUUUACGAGAUCCAUGCCAGGAUAGCUCUGGAAAAGUGUGAUCUGGGUGAGUACAAUCAAUGCCAGUCCCAGCUGGCCACGCUCUACUCGGAGGGCUUUUCGGGACACGAAGAAGAGUUCAAGGCGUAUCGUAUCCUCUACCUUCUACACACAUGCAACCGUGCCGACAUGAACGAGGUGCUGGCAAUCCUAACCCCUACAGACAAACAACAUCCGUCAAUCAAGCACGCCUUGGAGGUCCGAUCAGCGCUCGCCGCGGGAAAUUUCCACAGGUUCUACAGACUCUACUUGGACGCCCCAAGCAUGGGCGGUUACUUGAUGGAUUCCUUCGUGGCCCGCGAACGGAUGGCGGCGCUUGCGUGCAUUUGCAAAGCUUACCGUCCGGACAUUGAUAUUAGAUUUCUGACCGAAGAGCUUGGAUUCGAAAGCGACACAGAGUGCGUCCAGUUCCUCUGCGACCAUGGAACUUCCGAUCUUAUAGAACAGAAGUCGGGAGACAAGGGGGUCCCCACGUCCAUUCGGUUCCAGACUACGAAGGCGUACCCCAUCUUCGAGGAGGCCAAGAAGCGCGCUUUCAAGAAGGUCGACAUUAAGGGACAGAUGUAG